CCCCGCGCCCCGCGCCCCGCUCCCCGCCGGCGCGGCCGUCCCCGCAGAUUGAUCAUUUAGAAAGUGGAUGUGUGGGGUAACAUGUCCAGUGUGUCCGAGGAGAGAAGAAAAAGGCAGCAGAACAUUAAGGAAGGACUGCAGUUUAUACAGUCACCACUGUCAUAUCCAGGAACACAGGAACAAUAUGCGGUAUAUUUACGUGCUCUUGUGAGAAAUCUUUUUAAUGAAGGCAAUGAUGUUUAUCGGGAACAUGAUUGGAACAACUCAAUAAGCCAGUACACAGAAGCUUUGAAUAUAGCUGGUUAUGCAAAGUCUGAAGAAAUUGUCAUCCCUAAAGAAAUAAUUGAAAAACUGCAUAUAAAUCGUAUUGCUUGCUAUUCUAAUAUGGGUUUCCAUGAUCAAGUUUUAGAAGAGUGUGAUGCAGUCCUCAGUUUAAAUGCCAGUAACUGCAAAGCUCUGUAUCGGAAAUCUAAGGCUCUCAAUGACUUAGGAAGAUACAGAGAGGCUUAUGACUCUGUAGCAAAGUGCUCCUUGGCAGUGCCUCAGGAUGAACAUGUAAUAAAACUAACUCAAGAACUAGCUCAGAAAUUGGGAUUUAAGAUAAGAAAAGCAUAUGUUAGGGCCGAGCUCUCAUUAAAAUCAGUUCCUGGGGAUGGGGCUACCAAGGCUUUGAACUGUUCUGUGGAAGAUAUCGAGCCAGAUUUAUUAACUCCGAGGCAGGAAGCAGUUCCCGCUGUCUCUGUACCUGCAUCCAGUUUCUCUCACCAAGUUGGAAGUGAGCUGGCCUCAGUUCCUAUCAUGCCCUUAACUUCUAUUUUGCCACUGCAAGUGGAAGAGAGCCCUCUGCCAUCAACAGUGUUGGCAAACGGAGGAAAGACUCCCUUUGCUAUGCCAGAAGCUUUUGUGGAUGAUGGAGAUAUGGUCCUUGGGGAUGAAAUAGAUGACCUUCUUGAUUCGGCCCCUGAAGCCAAUGAAACCGUUAUGCCAUCAGCGUUAGUCAGAGGAGCCCUCCCGGCAGCCAGCGUCCCCCCUAGCAUACCCUUCUCCGCAUCUCUGUUAGGCACCCUGCCCAUUGGUGCGAGGUAUGCUCCUCCACCCUCCUUCUCAGAGCUGUAUCCACCUUUGACUACAUCCUUAGAAGAUUUCUGCUCUUCUUUAAAUUCAUUUUCAAUGAGUGAUUCCAAGCGAGAUCUGUCCACCUCAACUUCUAGAGAGGGAACAGCGCUUAGCGGCAGUAAUUCUUCCCUUUUACUUCAGAUGAAUGGACCAGGCAACUUAUUUGCUUCUGAGAGUUUCCUGGGAAUUUCAAGCCACCCCAGAAAUGACUUUGGAAACUUUUUUGGAAGUGCAGUUACUAAACCACCUUCAUCAGUGACCCCAAGACAUCCCCUCGAAGGAACCCAUGAACUGAGACAAGCUUGUCAGAUCUGUUUUGUAAAAUCAGGCCCUAAGUUAAUGGAUUUUACUUACCAUGCUAAUAUUGAUCAUAAAUGUAAGAAGGAUAUUUUAAUUGGUAGAAUAAAGAAUGUUGACGAUAAAUCAUGGAAAAAAAUACGUCCAAGACCAACAAAAACAAAUUAUGAGGGACCUUAUUAUAUAUGUAAAGAUGUUGCUGCUGAGGAGGAAUGUAGAUACUCAGGCCACUGCACGUUCGCUUAUUGCCAAGAAGAGAUAGACAUAUGGACGCUGGAGCGGAAAGGGGCUUUCAGCAGAGAGGCUUUCUUUGGUGGCAAUGGAAAGAUCAACCUCACCGUAUUCAAACUUCUCCAAGAGCACCUUGGAGAGUUUAUAUUCCUUUGUGAGAAAUGUUUUGAUCAUAAGCCUAGAAUGAUAAGUAAAAGAAAUAAAGAUAAUUCUACUUCUUGUUCUCACCCGGUUACAAAGCAUGAGUUUGAAGACAAUAAGUGCCUUGUCCACAUUUUGCGAGAGACAACAGUAAAAUACUCCAAAAUACGUUCUCUUCGUGGUCAGUGUCAGCUGGAUUUAUGUCGACAUGAGGUUCGAUAUGGCUGUUUAAGGGAAGAUGAGUGCUUUUAUGCGCACAGUCUUGUAGAACUUAAAGUCUGGAUAUUGCAAAAUGAAACAGGUAUCUCACAUGAUGCUAUUGCUCAAGAAUCGAAGCGAUAUUGGCAAAAUUUGGAAGCGAACGUACCUGGAGCUCAGGUACUUGGCAAUCAAAUAAUGCCUGGAUCUCUUAAUAUGAAGAUAAAAUUUGUGUGUGCUCAAUGUCUGAGAAAUGGUCAAGUCAUUGAACCAGACAAAAACAGAAAAUAUUGUAGUGCAAAAGCAAGGCACUCGUGGACCAGAGAUCGGCGUGCGAUGAGAGUGAUGUCCAUCGAACGUAAGAAGUGGAUGAACAUCCGUCCUCUCCCCACAAAGAAACAAAUGCCUUUACAGUUUGAUCUGUGCAAUCAUAUUGCUUCUGGGAAAAAAUGUCAAUAUGUUGGGAACUGUUCCUUUGCUCAUAGUCCUGAGGAACGGGAAGUGUGGACUUACAUGAAGGAGAAUGGGAUACAAGAUAUGGAGCAGUUUUAUGAACUCUGGCUAAAGAGUCAAAAAAACGAAAAAAGUGAUGAUGUAGCAAGUCAGUCAAACAAGGAAAACGGAAAACAAAUUCACAUGCCGACAGAUUACGCCGAAGUGACCGCAGACUUUCACUGCUGGAUGUGUGGGAAGAACUGUAACAGUGAGAAGCAGUGGCAAGGCCACAUCUCUUCAGAGAAGCACAAAGAGAAGGUUUUUCACACCGAGGAUGAUCAGUACUGCUGGCAGCACCGCUUUCCAACAGGGUAUUUUAGUAUUUGUGAUAGGUAUACAAAUGGCACCUGCACAGAAGGAAACGGCUGUAAAUUUGCACAUGGGAAUGCUGAGCUCCAUGAGUGGGAAGAAAGAAGGGAUGCCCUAAAGAUGAAGCUCAACAAAGCAAGAAAAGAUCACUUAAUCGCCCCAAAUGAUAAUGACUUUGGAAAAUAUAGUUUUUUGUUUAAAGAUUUAAACUAAUAUGCUGGCUUUUAUGUAUGUAACCUAAUCAAAGCAUUGACCAGAAAAAUUGAAAGUGUUGUAAGGCACGUAGCAGAGGAGCUGCAGAUUUUCUGCUUGUAUUGGCGUCUUUCGUACCUCCUGAGCAGCAACCCACAGUAGGUAGGAAAACGGGCUGUUUAACAGGUCUGGCCAUGCUCUCAUGGCACCAUUGGCAUCAUAUGGCGAAGUGACCGCUACCCAGUUGCCAUCUGUUGAACAGACUUUUGGAUGAAGUGUGUUGGGGAAGAGGAUGAGGUUAUGUCUAAGACGACUCCUUGAGUUGGUCCUUCAGAUAAGAACCAUCAUGGUGAGAGAAUAGACACUUGCACUAGGGGUCAGAAUACACUAUGGAUGAAAUUCUUCACAUGUUUUAAAUGGAACGAAUUUGUUUAAUAUAAUAAAGUUUGCUACUUAUCUGUACGUAGGUUGCUAAAAAGGAUUUUCUUAACUCAGAUUUUAAGCCAAAUAACCAUUUAACACUAGUACAUGUUAAAUGGGGUAUUUUUCUGUAUUUGUAUGUUUCACUAUCAUAAGGGAACUAAGGAUAAUGUGCAUUGAGAAUAUUUUGAAAAAUAAUCAGUUGACUCAAAUUUUAUUUCUUGGUCUUUUGCUGUUUAAAUGAUGAUUUUGAAAGAUUACACUUGUACUGUUGGUAUUGUGUAGUGUAUGGACCAAUAUUGCCUGUAAUAAAGAUUUUAUAUAUAGAUGUCUUUCA